AUGGGUUUGUGUGCAGAGAAAAAGCCCAAAUCCAAAAAGCUAGAAGGGCAGCCCUCAAAGAAUCUCAUGGCAGAAAGAAGGAGAAGAAAGCGUUUGAAUGACCGUCUUUCCAUGCUAAGGUCAAUAGUCCCCAAGAUUAGCAAGAUGGACAGGACCUCCAUUCUUGGAGACACGAUUGAUUACAUGAAAGAGCUUCUAGAAAGGAUAGGUAAGUUGCAAGAAGAAGAAAUGGAGGAGGGAACAAAUCAGAUAAACCUUUUGGGCAUUUCUAAGGAGCUAAAGCCAAAUGAAGUAAUGGUAAGAAAUUCCCCUAAGUUUGAUGUUGAGAGAAGAGAGCAGGACACAAGGAUUAGCAUAUGCUGUGCCACAAAACCAGGAUUACUACUGUCCACAGUGAACACCCUAGAAGCAUUGGGCCUUGAGAUUCACCAGUGUGUCAUAAGCACUUCAAUGAUUUUUCAAUGCAAGCAUCUUGCUCAGAGGCAGCUGAGCAGAGAAAUUGUAUGA